AAAGCACUAGGUAUAUGAAAGGGAUUAAAACUAAAUUCCUUCAAGCAAUGACUGAUGGGCAGGUCGAGUCGGUACAUACAGUGGCGAGGUUCUAGGCAUAAUGUAAUUGUGCAGUUUGGUGUGAAGUGCUAGCUUAAGUCAAAAUACCUAUUAUGAGUACAGGAUAAUUUCUGAAACUGUUCGGAAUAUAGAAAAUCACCAAGAGAACAUCUUUAUAUACUUCAAACUUAUCGCGUGAAACGGACCGUAGUCUACUGAGCUAGAGUACAGUGAGAGCAGAGGUUGAAUAACCAUGACGCACCGUGACAGUUACUGCACAUUGCUUUACCUUGUCAUUGCAUGUUCGCUAUUUGCUCGGUAUGAAUCGGCAAUUGAACGGGUUCCGAACAGCUCAGAUCCUGGGGAAGCUAUAGGUAGCUGCAUCGGCGAUACCGGGAAUUGUAAUGAGGGGAAUUUGGAGAUCAAAGAGAAUGGUGGAGGCUGGCAACCCUUCCGUGUAUCGACACAAGGCAAAUGGAUAUCUUUUGAAAAUCUUGCUGAAAAGUAUGCUGCAUGGCACGAACGAGCUCUUAAAAAUGAAGAGAUACAAUGCUCCGAAAGAAAAAUAUUAGUAUUCACGCCCAAUGCAGGACUUGGGGACAGUAUUGGCGCAUUGACGUCAGCGUAUAUGUACGCAAUGCGAACAAGCAGGUUGUUCUUCAUAAACUGGCAACCCUUUCCCUGGACAGUGACAUUUUCAGAACUCCCGUUUUUCUACGAUUAUCAGAAGGCUUUGAAACUCAAGAUCGGAUCUACCGAAGACCCAGUUUUAUGCCCAGAUCAGAACGACGAGGCAUCUUUUAUGUAUGGCCACAUCACGCAUGAACAUCCAUUAGUUAAAGAAGCUGAUAAACAAGAUUAUUACACAGAUUAUAACGCGGUUACAGAAUAUUUUAUGAAGCCAUCUACAAAAGUUCAAGAAGUUAUGGAUACAAUUACAGAAGGGCCAUUCAAAAACCAAGAUAAAAACCAAAAUAUACAUAAGGUUGCAAUUGUUAUGCGAACAGGAAUAGGAGAAUAUAAUCAGUUUUUAUCCAUUGGAGACGAGAAAAACUUUAUCACGUGUUUUUUGAAUUAUGCGCGUAAAAUUUCGCGGGAAGCUCCCAACGAUGGCAAAGAAAUCAAAUUUGUUGUCUUUGUGACGUCAGACAACACUGACGCGAAACAAAACGCUAUUGAUGCCUUAAAAAAAGAACAGGAAAAAAUUAAUAUUGAAAUAGUCACGCUUGAAGACUCUGCUAUUCACGUGAUGCAUAUGACGUCAGAAGAAUCAAAAUUAAAACGCGUUCGCACUAAGUUACGAAAAACUGUAGCUGAGUUUUUUAUUAUUGGAAUGUGUGAUGCAAAAUUUUUGACCCACGGUAGCUUGUUCGGUCGUACUGCUGCCGAAAGAGGAGGAGGUCCAGAGCAAAACAAUUUUUUCAUUAGCGAUAGUCACUGUGACGGAAAAAGAGAAAAGCAUUCUUAUUUAUCUUGUCAUAAACCAAAAUAUCCCUCUGUGUGUGAAUUAGAUUAGUUAGUUAAUUUGUCUUGUCACAUGCUUUUCCAUAAUAGAUAAGCGAAGUUUUCAUUUAUGCCAUAUGAAUAAUAGUUGACCAAAUUUUCUAAAUUUUUUCUAUAUGUACAGUGCCUUUUUCUAUACCAGUAUCUUGCCUUACACUUUGACUAUUUAUGACAAAACACUGUGUUUAUGUUAGUCAAGAAAUAUAAACAUCGUACUAUUA